AGAAUGAUCGUGGCCCUGGCACUUUUGGCACGAUUGACGACGGGCGCCGAGGUCUGCGGGCGAGUCACCGACUGCGUGAUUGACGUCGGGCGCGCGUGCGCGCGCAAGCACCUACCGCGAAGGCUCGAACGCGCGGCGGCGGCGAAGAUCGUCGCGGUGCACAACUCACAAGACGUGGAUAGUGACGGAUGCUACACGGAAAAGUGGAUGAUCCAGCAUAUCCGAGACUAUGUCUCCACAACCGUUGAAGAAAUACCGAUGAUGAAGGAGCUUGGCGAGCUGCCGGCCGCCAUGGCUCAUCAGGUCAUCAGCUACCUGGAGUGCGUCGUGACCUCCGAGGCCGCCGAGGAUAUGUCUAGGCACGGCUACUCCUGCGACGACGUCUGUGAGAACAUGGUCCCGACCGAUAUAUAUAAAGACUACUCUACAGAAGAGGAAAUAGAAAUUCUCCGGCUCCACUGUUCGCUUAGGCUCGGCUGCCUGGCGCGGAACGAGGCGUACUACUACGACCUCAGCGCGGACGAGGCGACCGCGAUAGAGUGCGUAGACCUGUCAGUCGAUGCGUGCGCAGAAGCCACCCUGGCGGCGGCGGAGCUUCGAGGCACCGAGCCCGUCAUAAUUGGUCCAUUGCGCAACGCGACGGUAGGAGACGAGUGCCGGGCCGCGUUCGCGCGUGACGAGCUUUCGGAGGACGACGUUUUUUCAGAGCGCGAGCUAUACACCGGCGAGGCGCGGGAGACCGCCUGGAAGAUCAUGCAGAACGUACACUCAAAAGAGGCGCGCCGCUUCAAGCGCCUUCAGGACGAGGAGCUGUCCAGGAUGAAAGCGCGGGGCGAGCUCUGA